AUGGAGCGUGAGCCGAAUAAUAAUCGCAUUGGAGGAUCGUCGAAAACGAGAUACAAAAAUUUUGUGCAUUUUCUUCGAUCAACCCUUCAUCUCCGUCCACCCAAACAACCACCAAGUCCGAUUGAAAUCGAAAGAUCAUCAAUUGGGGUGAUUGAAGUGGUGACACCUACUCCAAGUUCCACAGAGCGACUCCAUCUUGACAGCACAUUCCUCAGUGAUUGUGAUGGAGCAAUCCCAUCAACCUCAGCCCCAUCAGUUUCUUCACUUCAAGGCGAUCCCGUUGUUGUCUACGAUGAUCCAUUCGUCUUUGUGACAUCAGAUGGAUUGGUUCACAUCCGAAAUUAUUAUGAGUUCAACGCGCGAGCCGAGUUUCGAUCAUCCCAUUCACAAACAAUCGAUCAGACAAGAUUGUCUCGUCAAUUGAGAGCUUCCCGGAUUCAAACCCUUUACAUGUUGAAGGGAUCAGCUCAAGAAUCGUUAAAUCCACCAAAGAGUUGGGGAAUGGCACGUGGCGGGGUUUGGUGGGCAAGUCAUGCAAAUAGAGAAUCUUCGUCGAACAGCUUGUACAACAUCGUGAUCGACGAUGGAUCGCCGAUUAAAGCUGGUCUAACCGUGCUACAACCGAGAGCUUUUAUCAAUAGUAUAUGGCACGUCGGUGUUCCGCCCGAGUGUACAGUUCGUUAUGGUCUCCCAUUACCCCCGCUCAACUCCUUAAAUUUGCCAUUUAUUGACGACGAGACAGGUUUACUAGCAGUAUUUGAAUUAAAUUCGAAUAUU